AUACUUCCUCACCCUGCAUCAGUUGAGUUUGCCCGCGGCUCCUCGUCAGCUGGCCGUGCGUAAUUCCCCAAUAGUACGAGUUGCGCCUUUUUUUUUUUUGUAUCCCCAUCAACUGGGGUUUUGCGCCGUGGUUGUUGCGCGCAGUACCACCAGGAGAGACUGGCAACAUCUCCGACUAGCACUACUCUAAUUUUUAUCAAAUGGGGGGAGCAGACUGCACCAGUGGGAGCCAAACGCCGACAGCACUUUGAACAGGCAAGCCUUCGGGAGCCGACAUGUACUAGUGACAGACGGCAGUUGUAGAGCGAGAGGAAACAGCAGACACCGACAAACAUGAGCGGCGGAGAAAUCAUCUUCCAAGGCUGGCUGAGAAAGUCACCACCGGAGAAAAAACUGAGGAGAUAUGCAUGGAAGAAACGCUGGUUUAUACUUCGCAGCGGGCGCAUGAGUGGUGACCCUGAUGUUCUCGAGUACUACAAGAACGACCACUCCAAGAAACCUAUCCGGGUCAUCGACCUGCACUGCUGUGAGCAGGUGGACGCUGGCUUAACCUUUAAGAGGAAGGAGUUCCAGGACAGUUUUGUGUUUGACAUCAAGACCUCAGACCGUACCUUUUAUCUUGUAGCUGAGACUGAGGAAGAGAUGAACAAGUGGGUCCGCUCCAUCUGCCAACUGUGUGGGUUCAACCAGUCAGAUGACAACCACGAUGGCAGGUUACACCAUAUGCCCCGUUCUGUUGGAGCAGAUGUCACUGGCUCCAUGACUCCUCUGAGUGGAGAGCGCAAGUCCUCUGCUCCCAUCCACUCCAGCCAGCCAGUCCUCUUCACCUUUGAUGUGCCUGUGCGCCACACACACCACAGCUCCUUGUCCAACAGUGCACCACAGGACUACCUCCUCCUCCACCAGUGCAUGAGCAGGAAGACAGAGAGUGCACGGAGCGCCAGUUUCUCCCAGGCCACACGAAGCAAUCUGUUUGUGGGGAGCGACUCUGCAGUGCAGAAGCUCUCGCAUGGCUUUUCCCACUGUCUAAAUGGCAUGGGUGCUCAGUUGCAUGGCUUCUACAGCUUGCCCAAGCCAGGAAAACACCAGUUGCCAGUCCACGAUGACUCGUCUCAGGAGGCCUGUUACGUGCUUCCGCGAGGUUACAGUUCAGAGGCACCAGCUCACAGUGGUCUAGGUGAGCCUGAGCUGGAGAACGAGGAGGUUUACACCUUCAAAACGCCCUGCAACGCUCUUGCCACCAUGCAUAGCAACGAGCGUCAACCUGACAAUUAUGACCUUCCUACACCACCUGGUUCCUUCUACCAGAUCCCCCGGACAUUUGAUAAGAAUCACAAUGCCUUGACACCUUCCAGCUCUGAGUCGUCCUGUGCUCCUCCUCCCAGGCCCCCUAAACCUAGCCAGGGGUCAGAGGGGCAGUGGGGGAGUCCCCAGUCAGUGGGAAGCCAGAAUGGAGAGUUGACGUCUGCGGUGUCAGUUAUCCCACGCAGGAAUACUCUCCCCGCUGUUGAGAACAUCAGGCUUCACAGAGGCUCCUCCUUUGAAACUAACAGCCAUCACCGUCCCAUCCAUUUCAACAACUCAGGCCAGUCUGUGGAGUCUGUCAAUGAUGGGUUCAGCUCCUACCUGAGAACCAAAGCCCCCCUGACUCGCUCAGACAGCGGCAACUCGGAUGACAACUAUGUGCCCAUGAAUCCUGGGUCCUCGCCAGCGCCACUCAUUGCUGCCCAGGCUGACAGUCCUAAGAAUAUCUACAUCCCUAUGAGCCCUGGGCCACAUCACUUUGACUUCCCAGGAUUCUCUGCAACAUUACCUGCCCGUAAGGGGAGCAGCGCCUCCCUGUGUCACAGGCCCAGCCGUCUCAGUGAUGUUACACCACCACCCAUCAACCGCAACCUCAAACCUAACAGGAAAUCGAAGCCAACACCUCUUGAUUUAAAGAACAAUGGGAUCAUUGAUGAGCUGCCAUUUAAGAGCCCAGUCACCAUGUCCUGGACACGGCCCAUGGCUGCUAUGAACUCCAUGUCCUCCCAGCAUUGUCGACCCAUCUCUACACAGAGCAUCACCAGCACUGACUCUGCAGACAGCGAAGAGAAUUAUGUGGCUAUGCAGAACCCAGCGUCUACCUCUCCAGCCGUGAGUGGCACCAGCAGCCCGGCCCCCAGGAAGUGUGGCAAUGUGGACUACCUAGCACUGGACUUCCAGCCUGGGUCCCCAAGCCCACACAGAAAACCCUCUACAUCCUCUGUGACCUCUGAUGAGAAGGUGGACUAUGUGCAAGUGGACAAGGAGAAGACGAAGGCACUGCAAAGCACCAUGCAGGAGUGGACCGAUGUGCGGCAGUCUACUGAACCUGCCAAGGGGGUCAAGUCCUGACACUGACCCGUGCAAAGAAAUGACUUAAAAAAAAAAAAAAAAAAACAGAAGAAAAUUCCAAUCUUAAGUCAAGCAUCUCCAGUGUCAUGUUCCUAUCAUUAUUAUGAAUACUGGUUUGGCUUGUUUAAGACUGAAAUGUUUGGACAAAAAGCCAUAACCUAUCCUAUGCCUGUUGUCCGUGAUGAUUACUACUGCAGUGCACUGCUAACAUGCAGGAUAUCAGGCCAUAUAGGUGAAGCGCCCUGCCAAAGCUCUUCAUGCAGACUGUUAUAACAGAGUAUGGACAAUUGAUAAUGUGUAUGAAAAAUAUCAUCCUUAUUUAUCAAUCCACCCUUUACAAAUUGCAAGUUUUUCCUCAUAGCUGUGCCACCCUCCCCCUCUGCAACAGUCUAACAUUUUUUUGCAUCUAGCAGAUAAUUUACCCAAUUGCUGCCAUUUAACACACUAGCAGAGGCUAACUGGUCGAUAACCAAUUUAAUAUACUGUAAGAGUAUGCUUACUGGUCUCAGGAAUGCCAAGAUGCACUCCAAUUUUGGCAUGCAGGCAGACUCUCUUUUCACUUCAAUCUAUCAUUUGUGCUGAGUCUUGCAGAAGCAGCAAGGAGAUUAUUUUCACUGCGGGCAAUCAUUUCAGCUUAGCAGUGCAUGUCUGGUAAGAGGAGGGGGGAAAAAUACAGCGAUACAAAGGCCCAUGUCAGAAGCCCUAAUGAUAACUGUGCAUGACUGUUGCCUCAGUUUCAAUUAAGUAUGAGCCCAAACCAUAUUUAAAAGCUGUCAGGCAAGACGGCAGGCCAAUUAUUUCAAUGCAGGUACAAAGUCUGUAACGUCCAAAUGUACAGAAUGAAGAAAACAAGGAGAAGUAUCUUGUGUCUUUGUAGGUUUGACUUCAGUGACUAAUUCACUUCAGGUAAUAUUCUAAUGCAUUUCAUUUUAAAUGUGCACUGACCAAGAAAAUUAUUGAGUUGGAGGAAGGAAAAAUAAUGCAAGAGUUAAGAUAUCCUCUCUCUCUCUCUCUCUCUCUCUCUCUCUCUCUCUCUCUCUCUCUCUCUCUCUUCAUCUUCCUCUCCCUCUCAAGACCAUAAAUACAAGCUAAGUGGAAGGAGAAUAGCAUAUUUAUGUUUUCCAGAAUUUAUGUCUUCGGUCUUUGAUAUACCACACACUACAGCUAUGUCUCUGAAGAGUAAUUGUUUCCUCUAUAUAAAUUAUUAAUAGAAUGACAUAUUUGCAGCACAUCUUGUUGACUGUUUGACGCACUUGUCUGAGACAAAAAAAGUGCACUGCAGUAAUGUAACUUUGUGCUGUUCUUGCAGAGGCAACCAGCCACAAUGAAGAUUUGCCAAUGAUCGUGGUCACUUAAAAAUAGUUGAGGAAAGAAUGUUUUCUUAAUUUCCUAAACUCUUCUUUGUUUAAUUUGCCUUAUGUUCUCAUUUCAGUUUGGAGUGUAAAUUUUUGCCUUGAAGAAAUUUAAUUAUUUGCCAUAUUAUUCAAGGAGGAGCCAUAUUGUAUUUAGGACAACUGAAUGAUCAGUCUCUAGUUCAACUUAAGUCCAGUAUUUCAUUGUGGGCUGGAACCACUGAAGGGUGAAUCUACAUUUGAUCUUAAUAUGAAUAGUGUGGCCAUGCAGUGCUGGAUGGUAUUAUUGAUUAUUUCUGUAAGAUUUACUUCUUAAUGUUUUUCUACCAUUUUUACUGCUUUUUGUAUUCUUUUUAUCAUUAUUUUUUACUGAAACGUGUAAGCAAGUGAUAUUCAUAAGAACUGGGUCAGGCUAAAUUAAGCUAAGUUUGUUACAACAUGUAUUUUAUUCCUUUUUAAAUUCCCAUUUUUAUGAUCUAUACAUGAAAUGGGGAGGCUGGCAGUUUGCACUGGCAACGCCCUUCCUGGGUGAACUGUGAUUCACAAAGAGUGAGAGCGAAAGAGGAAAGAAAAGACUGAAGAAAAGCCUGUCUCCCUGUCAGUCUCUGAAGUGAAAUGGAUGUGUAAUUUAUUAUCUAGAGAGACCCGUUGUAAACAGAAGAACUGUGUAUGUGUUGUGGUAGAUUGUGAAUUGUAGUAUGUUAAAUGACAGCCUGACUGGGUGACACUGAAAACACUGCUCAGAUCUACUGUCAGACUGUCACUGGGUUGACGUACUGUACUAGUAGAGAUCAUUUUUUAACCACUUUUAUUGCUACUACUGUAAAGCAUUUGCAGAUUGCUCGUGUUUUAAUUUAUUAAUUUAUUGUGUGUUUUGGAGUUGAUAAUUGUAAAAAGGAAAAACAACAACAACCAAACAAGGAAACCUUCUCUCUACUAACACUGAUGUAUGCAAACUGUCUUGAUUUUGUGAAGCAAUAUGACAAAUAAUGCCAGUGUGAUGGUACAGUUAACUUGGGAUUCACAAGAAUACAAGAUUUUGUUAUUCCUGUAUUAAGGUAGACUUAAACUGUGGACAUAGAAUAAAUCAAGAAGUGAGUAA